AUGUCUCCUAGCUAUCCAUUCCUUCAAACGAGCCAUAUCCCAUGGAUUGUCGAUGUGGCCGACGAGUCCAGUGAAUCUGAGCUUGGUGUCCUUCUGGGUCAUAUGGCCAGACAGAAUCCUCAGGCGAAAUCCAUGAUAGAGUCUGCCAAGUGUGCCAUGCCUGAUGGGACUCAAGGUGGUGUGCAACUUGACAAUGAGGUGCUGGUUCUGUUCACAGCACAAGCUCAUCACUAUGUGACGCCUAAAUUUUAUACUGAAACGAAGCCAGCGACCGGCAAAGUUGUACCGACAUGGAACUACUCUGCCGUACAAGCGUACAGCAAGGCCAGUAUCUUUUUCGACAAUAGCGUCACGUCAACGGAGUACCUAUCUCGACAGAUACAUGAUCUCCCCCAGCAUGCGGAGACGUCAAUUAUGGGAUACGAUGUGGUGAAGAAACAAGUGCCUUGGAAAGUAUACGAUGCUCCAGAUCGCUACAUCGCUUUACUACAGAAGAACAUCAGCAGUGCUCAUUUAUCCUGA